AUGAGCAAGGAUAUAGUCUCCCCUGGCAACGAGGCUCUCCAUAUCGAGUCAGUUGGGCGCGUUGCCCCUGAACAAGACAUCGACUCGGAGAAAAAAAUCGUCAACGAGCUUGUUCUGAUACCGCAACCCACACAAGAUCCCAAUGAUCCACUGAAUUGGACAAAUUUCGAAAAGUACUCGACCUAUCUCACAGUAUGUUUCUUCACGGUCCUCGCAACCUUCAAUUCCAGCAACUUCACCGUCGCUAUCGUUCCCUUAAGCAAGGAAUUCCAUGAAUCAACGACUCGAGCCGGUUACCUCGUCUGCUUCAACGUCCUCCUUCUAGGUGUAGGAAACGCAAUAUGGGUCCCAUUGUCGCGAGUCACUGGGAAACGGCCCGUAUAUUUGGUAGCUCUUCUACUUCUUAUCGGAACAAACGUCUGGAGCUUUCUCACACAUAGCUUCGAAAGUCUCCUGGCUGCUCGCAUUGUCUCUGGCUUUGCAGGUUCUGCCGCGGAUGCCACAGUGCCAUCUCUGGUUGCCGAUCUGUUCUUUGUUCAUGAACGUGGGCAUUGUAUGAUGAUUUUCCACUUUGCCCUUAGUACCGGCUUUUUUCUUGGUCCACUGGUUUGUGCAUACAUUACGCAGGAGGUGGGCUGGCGUUGGACAUGUGGCUUGAUCGCUAUUGCUGGAGGAGCCACCUUCUUGGUGGGUUUAGUCUCAAUCAGAGAAUCAAACUACUCCCGAGAAACGGCUGAUCUGGACUUACCGAGUUCAUCCUACGCACCAAAACGAAGUCUUGUCUCCUGGAUGAGCUUGACGCGUGGUUACAGGAAGGACGUAUCGUUUUUCAAAGCGUUUUGGUCUACUAUUCGUCUAGCAGCAUAUCCUCCAAUUACUUGGACUGGUCUAACUGUAGGCACAUUUGUCGGAUGGAACAUCGUCGUACAACUUACUUCCAGCCAAACAUUCACCAAGCCUCCUUAUGGCUGGAAAGUUGGUAGCCUUGGCCUCCUCUCCAUAUCCGGCUUUAUCGGUGCCAUAUUCGCGUUCUUCCUCGGAGGCAAGCUGAUCGAUAUGAUUGCAAAUCGCAUGACCAAGGCAAACAAUGGAAGGCGAGAACCUGAAUUCAGAUUGCCUGCUAUCAUCAUCCCCGCCAUUAUUGGGCCGCUAGGUGUCCUCAUUUUCGGUCUCUGCGUGGCUCACAAGACGGCUUGGAUUGGCCCUGCUUUUGGAUAUAUGAUGCAAGGUUUUGGGUUGACGGCGGUUUCCAAUGUCGUUGUCACGUACGCCGUCGAUGGAUACAAGGAAAUGGCUGGAGAGGCACUUGUUGUCGUAUUCGUCAUCAGAAAUGCCAUCGCAACCAUCCUAGCGCUCUAUACUGUGAAUUGGCAAGCUGCAGGUGGUAUCCAAGAUGCUUUCGGUGAAAUGGUUGCAAUUCAAUAUUUCUUCCUUCUCAUUGCGAUUCCGAUGUACUUCUAUGGGCGAAAGAUCAGAUCCUGGACACAGACUUUUGGCCCUUUGGCAAAGGUUGCGGCAUAG